AUGCGCUCCUUCAUCAAGACACACCGCAGAGGAUCAUCCACCAACAUUGGUGACGGUGGGCUACCAGAUCUUAAUACUUCUUCAAGCACUACAGACUUAGCAUCAGAAGACAAACACAAUAGCACCAUCUCUGCCAAUUCAUCCACCCCGUCGUCUCCAAUACGGCAAUCUACACCUUCAUCACCAUCCAUAGUCAACAAGAGCAAGAAACUACAUCGUCUUUUCCAAAGAAAUAAAACUUCGUCACAAAACCUAUUCAAUCUUUCAUCCCCAUUAUCACCAAAUUCACCAAAAAAAUCACCACCACCUUCCAUCAUAGGUACAAGGACUCAUGAAUGGGGUAAUAACAAUGGUGAUAACUCCUCAAAAUCAACUGGGAAUAAGAACUCAGGUAAAUCAUUAAAUCCAAGAUCAUCUCAAUCCUCUUCAAAUUCAUUUUUGUCUGAUGAUGAAAUUCAUCAACUUUCUACAACUUCAACCUCAUCAAGAGAUCCAUUUAGUUCAACCACGCACAUUACAAAUGAAAAUGAAUCAAUUCAACUACCAUUGAACACUGUCUUGGAAAUUCCAAAUGAAAAUCUACUGGGUCCCAUCAUGAGAGAAAUCCCAGGCUCAAAAGAGAUGGAUAAGAAGAAUAGACAUAGACGCGCUCAAAUUAUUUCAACAGAUUCUUUCAAAUUAGAAGAUCCACCUGAGAUAAUACCCAUUGCUGAAUUACAGAAGCAAAAAGAAAUUUCAACGCCAGAAAUGUUUAAUGAUGGAUUCAUUGAUCCUGAUGAAACCGUGGCAGAGACUAUUCACAAUGAAAAACUACGACAAAAGAGAGAAAGUCAAAUUGAUUCAAACAAUAAAGAUUUACAAGACAAUGAACAAGAUGAAAAUGAAUAUCAGUCUGAUAACGAUAGUGAGUUUUCAUUUGAACAAGAUAAUAAACAAGGUAGAAAUGUCUCAAUUAGAUAUUAUAAAUCUCCUGCUGAAGAUUUAGAAGAACGUCAAAUUCAAAAUGUCAAAGAACAAGGAUUUUAUGUUAAUGAUCUUAUCGAUGAUGAUUUUGAUGAAGAUUUGAAUUAUUAUGAUGAAUAUGGUGAUGAUUAUAAUGAUGAUGAGGAAAUUUUCAAUAAAAGAUAUUUUUCUGAUGAAGAAGAUGAUACUACACAUGUUAACAACACUGUUGGAGUUGUUGAUGAUAAGCCUCAAAUCACACCAGAGAAUUCGAUCAAUAUAGAUCAGAAGGAAAAUCAAUCACCGCCUGUGGGAUAUGACAAUCAAAAUGAGAUUCAAGAUGAAGAUCAGGAUGAGUACUAUGAUGAUUAUGAUGAAGAUGAUUUUAAUGAUGAUGAAGAUGCUUUCAACAAUAAAUAUUUUUCUGAUGAUGAAGAAGAUAUCGAACCUAUGAAAAGAUCAUUAGUGAAUCCUAAUAUAACACCAGAAAACUCAUUUUUAGACAAUUCAUCAAAAAUUGAAACUCCACUUGUUGAAAAUUUUGAAGAUGAGGUAACCCAUAAGGAAGAAGAUGAUAAUGAGGGAGAAGAUAUAGCCGCUGGAAGUAUGCUUUCAAGUCUUUUAAGUACAGAUAAGAAAAAUGAAAAAGUUAUCAAUGAAAAUGAAGAUGAAACAAAGAAUGACAAUGCAGAUGAAGAUGUGGCAGCUAGGGAUAUCUUUUCAAGUCUUCUAGAUUCAAAUGAAAAGGAAAAUGAAAACAAAAAGUCAAAUGUCCAAAAUAAUAAUGAAGAAAAACAAGAAGAAGAAGAUUCAACAGCUAGAGAUAUGUUUUCAAGUCUUCUGGGAUCAGACCAAAUCAAAAAUAAAAUCUCAAACGAUAGUAUUAAGAAAAAUAAUAAUAACAAUGAUGAUGAUGAUGAUGAUGAUGAUCUGAAAGCUAGUAGUAUGUUUUCAAGUCUUUUGGGUAAAAAAAAUGACAAUAGUAUGCCAGGUAAUAACAAAGAUAAUAGUGCAAAACCAGUAUAUCCAAGUCAUAAAAAUGGUUCUUUUCACGGAAGUCAUCUACAACUGGAUGAAGCACAACGAAGACCAAAUGAUGAUUUGUUAAAACCAAGGAAAUUAUUAAAAUAUCAUCAAAUUUCAACUUCAUUGGAUCAAGAUGUCCCUCAAAAUAGAUAUUCAUGGCUUAGUGAAGAUGAAGAUUUCCAUAAUAAUAAUAACUUAGACGGUAUCAAUUCAAGUUUUUCAUUUGAUUCAUUAUUAGAUGAAAUAAAUAACAUACCUGAAGAUUUAGAAUUUGGAAAUGAAAAACCUGAACAAUCACAAUCAAGAUCUAGAUCAAUGAAUAGUAGUAUUAAAAGAAAUAAAGGUGUUUAUGAAGAUCUUCCACAAAAUACAAAAUUUGAAAAUAAUAAUAAAACAGUUACAUUAUUUAAUCGUCCAUCACGUCAAAAUUCAAUUAAAUCAAAUAAUUCAUCUGAAUUUCAAAAUAAUAAUAAUGAAUUUGGUUAUUUAACUCCAAAUGGUUCAUUUACUUUACCAAAUCCAAUGUUUGCAAACAAUCAAAAUAAUGAACUGUCUCCUAUAACAGAAGGCUCAAUUGAUGGCUCACCAUAG